AUGGCAGACUCAGGUCAUCUCUCUCACAUCAGGGCACCGCAUGACACUCCACCACCCCUCUAUGAACCUGAGGAUAGCUCCACCAGAACUCCACAACUCGGCAAUACUGGUGCUACAGACGAUGGUCGCAUCAAUAUCGAUCUCAAUUCCCGCCUCGCGAAGACACUGGUGAAGCUUGUUCCCGAUUCCAAGGAACCUCAACCAUUUCAGUCAAGCCUCCAGCUGUCUCAAUCCAAAAAGCUGCAUUAUAUUCGCUUAAACAUAGUCAUUCAAGUCGUCGGUAGUCGUGGUGAUGUUCAACCAUUCGUCGCACUUGGUCAGGAACUCCAACAACAUGGUCAUAGGGUGCGCCUGGCAACUCACAAUGUCUUCGAAAGUUUCAUUCGGGAGUCCGCUCUUGAAUUCUUCCCCAUAGGUGGUGAUCCAAAAGAAUUGAUGGCGUACAUGGUUAAGAAUCCCGGACUCAUACCCAGUAUGAAGAGCCUUCGCGACGGCGAUAUAACACGCAAGAGAGCCAUGAUUUCGGAACUGCUGGACGGCUGCUGGAAAUCUUGCAUCGAAGAUGACCCUCAAAUUGGACGACCCUUCGUCGCUGACGCGAUAAUCGCCAACCCUCCCAGUUUUGCGCAUAUCCACUGUGCUCAGGCGUUAGGAGUUCCACUACAUCUCAUGUUUACCAUGCCUUGGUCAAGCACCAAGGCAUUUCCACAUCCUUUAGCCAACUUUAGAAUUGGUGAGCUUGAUCCGGCUACAGUUAAUUAUAUCUCAUAUAGUAUUGUUGAAUGGAUGACCUGGCAGGGAUUAGGGGAUAUCAUAAAUAAAUGGAGGAACUCUUUAGAUCUUGAGCCAAUACCCAUGACUGUAGGACCCGAUCUUGCGGAGGCUCUGCGGAUUCCGUUCACAUACUGCUGGUCGCCAGCAUUAGUACCGAAGCCAAUCGACUGGCCAUCGCAUAUCGAUGUAUGUGGGUUCUUCUUCCGUAACCCACCCAACUAUGACCCUCCCAAGGACAUCGACGAUUUCCUUAGGAAUGGUCCACCACCGGUGUAUAUUGGAUUCGGAAGUAUAGUUAUCGACAAUCCGGAGAACUUAACAAACAUGAUAUUAGAUGCUGUUCGGCAUUGCGAUGUUCGAGCAAUUGUUUCGAGAGGAUGGAGUAAGCUGGGAGGUGACGGGCUUCCGAGUUAUGACGUGUUGUUCAUUGACGACUGCCCUCAUGAAUGGCUUUUUCAGCACGUAUCGGCAGUUAUGCACCACGGCGGAGCAGGCACCACUGCAUGUGGCUUACGCAAUGCAUGCCCAACAUUCAUUGUGCCCUUCUUCGGAGACCAACCUUUCUGGGGCGACAUGGUUGCUGCUGCUGGCGCAGGUCCGCAUCCUACUCCCCAUAAAUCGCUUACCGCCGAAAUUCUCGUGGACGCCAUCACUUUCUGUUUUACUCCAUCAGCUUCUCAGGCGGCACAGAAGAUAUCGACAAAAAUGGCCACCGAGAACGGAGUAGCUUCGGCGGUACAUUCUUUUCAUGCCAAUUUACCUUGCGAAGGUAUGGCAUGCGAGCUCCUUCCAGAUCGCCCAGCAGCAUGGAUCUAUAAGAAAACCAUCAGACUUUCGAAUUUAGCAGCUCUGAUACUGGUGGAAAACCAUAUCAUCAAUCAAGGCCAUCUCAGACUUCACGCAACUCAACCUCUUCACAUUUCCCAUACACGCUGGGAUCCAAUCACUAGCACAUCAUCUGCAGGCAUGUCCACAGUUCAUGGAAUGACAAAGUCUGCGACGGGUCUUAUCAUUGACCCAUAUUCGCACGUGAAGAACUCCCAGGAUGAGUCUGCAUUGUCCACCGCUGGGAAGAUAGCUGGUGGAACCGCAAAAAACUUCGGCAAGUUCAACAUGCACUUCUUCAAAGGCGUGAUCGUAGAUCUGCCCUACGCAGCUGCAGAGGGUUUCCGCGCAGUACCAAGGCUAUAUGGUGAAGAUGUCCAAGGGCAUGGACAGGUCGAAGGUUGGAAGAGUGGGUUAGAAGUAGCUGGAAAAGGUUUCGCUCAUGGAGUGUUGGAUGGGGCUUCCGAUCUUUUCGUGAAGCCUUUUGAGGAUGCGAAGAAAGAAGGUGCAUUGGGGUUCGUGAAAGGCGUUAGCAAGGGUACGCUAGGAUUCACGAGUAAGACGGCCUCGGCUGUGCUGGGGUUGGUGGCCUACCCCGGUCAAGGUAUAUGCAAAUCUCUGCACACAUUGGCAAAGUCGAAGACACGCAAGAAUAUUGCAAUGAGGAGAUACACUGAAGGACAAUUUCUCGCUGCAACAGCAGAGUCAAAAAUAGUUGCUCAGGUGUUUGAUCGAUUCCGGGCUCUGGGCCACCAGUGA